AUGAGCUCAAGCUGCCUUUCGGCAGCUACCAUCGUACGAUGCACGGCGCUCAGCAAGAUGCAGAAUGGCGUCGUCUUUGUACCCGUUGCAGUGCAAAUGAUCUUCCUUGUCUCCCUAACGGCGUUGUACUGGCGAUCUGGAAGGUGUGUCAUCAUUUUAGUCGUAUCUGUAACUUCACCUGGGACGUGGAGGAAGCAUUUCAUGAUACUUGCAGACAGCUCUGCAUUUUACAUUGUGGCGCUACUGGACCUCCUAUCCCAUGUCCUUCCCAUAGCUCGUAAUCAUUUGGAGACCUUCAAGAUCUUUGACAUUGUAAUCGGUGCCCUCUCUUUUGUACCAAUAUUGUUAUAUACCAUCUUUCUUUUCCUCUAUGCCCGCUCCUACUUCCUACCUACCCUUAAGCGGCUUCCACGCUCCAUCACGAAAUACGCUCUCCUAACUCUAAUACCGCUUACUAUCGCCAUGAACGAGCUUGGGUCUUUUCUUGGAAUCGGAUACCGAGUUUUACAAGAUUCUCAAGGUCAAUCGUUCUUGGCAAUCGGUUUCGGUAGAGCCGGAGAUGAAACUAUCUGGCAGUUCUUUACUAGCGUGGCUCUUGUGUUACUCAUCGUCAUCCAGGCUUUCAUUUUCUGCUUUUCGAUAUACGUCGCAGUCUCACUACGUCAGGAACGCCGACUUAGCCGUAGUUUCUUUGAAGGAUGUGACAUGCCAACGAUUCGCGGAGUCGUAUGGAUCGCUCUUGGCGUAAAACUCGGCGCUAUUGAAACCGUCUUGGGAUUUGUGAAUGACGGGUUUGCAAUCAUACUUACCAGGAGGAUUCUUCGCAUGGCGUCGCGGUGUUGCUUGGGGAUCGGUGCUUUACACUCAGAGGGUGCGUCACUAUCACGCAACCUUGGCCAUCGACGCGGACGCACGAUGUCGCAGAUUCGUGCCAAGAUUUCUAAUCCUCGCACGAGCACAUUCAUGCGGCUUUCUCCAACUGCAGAAGAGUUCUAUUCCCUUCCGCGAGCGGUCGAUGAAGGACGUGGGGAACCAAUUCCUCGUCCUAAGCGGGUCACUGUGCAUUAUGACGGUCGUGCUCCUCCAGCACUUGACGUGCGACUUUCUGUGCUAGAUGUGCCGUCAGCGGAAGUCCUUACCGCGACAUUUCAUAAACGUGGGACCAUUAUUUCUGACGCAUCGUACGAGAAGUGGCGUGCUGGUGAACCAUCAAGGAAGUCGUCACGGUCUAUGACACGUUCAUUCUCUGCCAUUGCCCCUCCCUCAGCUCCGAUGGUAGACGCGCCAAGUUUACCACGCGAGUUGAGACCAGUUUUGGGAAGCAGAAGCUAUACAACGGAUGCCAUGGACACCUUAUCACGGUCAGUUCGACCGAACCCAAAGUUCUCGUCUACGGAAGACCUAGGACAGCUUGCUGGUACCAAAUCGGAGUCUUUGUUCUCGGAUGGACACAGACGCUUCAUGUCUGGAAGUAGUCUCGCGUCAGACUCGCUGAGUGUUGUUCAUACACUUGCAUCCCAGUUCCCUGGAAUUCCACCGCGACGCACGGCGAGUGGUAGAAGACACAGUUACCAUGAGGCACAAACGCACUCGACUAUGCUAGACGGCGUAGAAGAGGCAACAGAGAAAGGUACCAUACACUCGAGUGUCUCGCCGAGUAACUCGAUCAAGCGGAAGCCUCCUCCGACGAUUGCCGGUGAACUGAGUCGAGAUACACCAGACUACCCAUCUCGUCACGUAUCGCAGAAAAGCAGCAAUGACAGCAAGCUUUCGCAAUCAAGUACUUUACGACGGAAGAACAUGCCUGUACCGCCACCCAUUGAUUCCUCGAUCGCCGGUCCCGACGCAUCUCUAGCGCAACGUGUAUCUGUGAGCCCCAGUAAUCCGACACCCACGUCAACACGUAGUGCUGGUACUGCUGGUACUGGUAGACGAUCGGAACAUGUACGUGAAUAUAAGUUCAGUUCGUCUCGAACACCCAGCACCACUGCGAGAGUGCAAACUCCCGGUAUGACCAAUACAUCAGGACCGUCACCCACUGAUCUGGAUACCGACUUCGCAAUUGGACGUGAUCUGGACGGUGCCAUCGACCCGUUCGCUGAUAGCGACGACGAGAAUCCAGAAGAAGGUCCUGAAUAUCGUAUUUCAGAGCUUGCAACUGCAGAGAGUGGUCUGAACCUCAUCGCAACUCGCGUCGCACAGUUCGAUCGUCAACGUCGUCAAUCGUACCGCGGUGCUCCGCAGCCGUCACCCGUCAAUUAUACCCCAUUCACAGGUCGUCCACGAGAACAUGAGCGCAAAGCCAAGGAUAAGGCGAAAGAAACCGAAUGGGAUAUGGUCGAAUUCCCUAGUGUGAACGAAACUCUUGGUGUACCCAUCAGCCGACCUCGUAGGCUCAGCGCAAUCAGCUCGGGCAGCUCUUCUAGCUUGCAAAGUGCUACGCCCGUGAGCGGGAAAAGAGUAACCGUCGCUGCACGACAAGGACCCGUAUACUCUAACCCGAGCGUAAAGUCUGCGCCCUUUGCGCACUCACACACAACAUCCUCUGGAUCAGCGCAGACUCGUGUAUCACAUACGGAACGCGAGCUGAUGCGGAUCAAGAGUAUCGGGCGUGUGGCGACUCGACGAACUCCGACACCCACACCGUCAACAGGGUCCUUUGCAGCAAGGCAAAGUGUCCACCUUGACUCUGUUGACUUCAGCGCCGGUGACUCGACUGACGGAGCGGAUAGUCUAUCACCCUCUUCACCUUUCCAACGACGGCCUCUAUACGACAGUACUGGAUCUACAUCCGUAAGAGGUGUACGUUCAGCAUUACGCGAUGGUUGGACAGCGGGGAGCGACGACGAAAUCGAUAUCUCAGACCGGUUUAAUACACUGCGAGAUAGCGGAGUUUCUCCGAGACGAUGAUCAGGCAUAUCCCGUUGUGUGUGUGUAAUCUUUUUUGGUUGAUUUAAAGACUAUUUGCUUGGCUUGAAAAUUUCUCGUUCUCGUUUUCCUUUCUUGAUCUACUUAGCUUACUCUGUGAAUGGUCGGUAGACUGUAUACUUCAUGUUUAUUGAUCAGUAUUCCUCUUUCGACUUUCGAUUUUCGACUUCGUCUUCGCUAUGCCUGCUUUUUCUUCUGGUGUGUUCGCUUCGGUUCUUCGUUAUGCCUGCUUUUCUUGUCGUUUGUUCUGCCUACUUUUGGGACGCAAUGUCGAUACCCUUUGUUGAAUGUAAUGCUCUGAGAACUCG